AUGUUUUUCACAGAAGUCCAAUCUUUACACACAUCAGAGAUCCCACACAGGGGGAAGAAGCCGUAUUCCUGUCCUGAGUGCGGGAAAUGGUUUUCAGACAAGUCUAGUCUUCAUACACAUCAGAGAUCUCACACAGGGGAGAAGCCGUAUUCCUGUCCUGAGUGUGGGAAAUGUUUUUCACAGAAGUCCAAUCUUUACACACAUCAGAAAUCUCACACAGGGGAAAAAGCCAGAUCUCACACGGGGGAGAAGCCGUAUUCGUGUCCUGAGUGCGGGAAAUGUUUUUCAGACAAGUCUAGUUUUCACACACAUCAGAGAUCUCACACGGGGGAGAAACCGUAUUCUUGUCCUGAGUGUGGGAAAUGUUUUUCACAUAAGUACCAUCUUUUCCACACAUCAGAGAUCGCACACAAAGGAGAAGCCGUAUUUAUGUCCUGA